UGUUACGUUGUGUUGUGUUAUGUAACAUUUCAUCAGGUUACGUUUUGUCACAUGUCAUGUUAUACUACAUCAUGUUAGCUUAUGUUACAUUAUGCUGUGUUGUGUUCUGCUCUGAUAGCUUCCAGUGUGUAGUGUUACGUUGUGUUGUGUUUCCGGACAUAAUGUUGUGUUAUGUUGUGUUAUGUAACAUUACAUCUGGUUACGUUUUGUCACAUGUUGUUACGUCGUGUUAUGUUAUAUUACAUUAUGUUGUGUUUCUGGACGUCAUGUUACGUUGUGUUGUGUUCUGCUGUGUUGUGUAACAUGAAAUUACAUUUUAUGCCAUUAUGUUGUGUUAUGUAACAUUGUGUUGCUCUAUGAUAUGUUAUGUUGAGUUGGUUUUAAACACUAUGUUGUUGGUGUGCUUGAAGCUUGAAAAAUCUCCUAGUAGCACAAACGUGUGUCGGUGCUGCUGUGUCACAUUUCAAAUGAGUAAAUAAUGUGUGGCAGUACAAACAUGUUUCCAGCAUGUAGGCAGGAUCAGAGGUGUUUCCUGAUAGUUGUAUCUGUAUCAAAACAACCCCGACCUCUUUGAAAACUCAAUAUCUUUCCAUCGUCAAAGCUGUGUCCAACUUUUUUCUGUCAUUUUCAAAGAAGGGCAAUCAGACAAUCGAGCUUCCUCGACACAGUGGUUGGUAAAGACCGGUUUUAAUGUCUCUCUCAAGCUCUUAUGUCAUUAUUCACACAACCAAAGGUGCAUACAGAGCAAGAAUGUCAGGAAUCUCAUUACCGCAUGAAAUAUUUUGGCACCAGAACACAAACAUGACCUCACUGAAGCUCCACCUCUUACCUGCAGCACCUGAGACGUGCCCGGAACAUUCUGUCACUCUUCCUCGUCGAGACACUGUCAGGAGAACAGUGAUCAAGAUUCACCGACAGAACUCAAACUACCAUCCACUGAGAGAGGACGGAGUGGAAGAGGGACAACCGAAGAACUGAAACCUGCUCCAGCUCUCCACAUCAGUGUCAUCAGUGGAGCCACGAGGACGAGACUGAACCGGCUCGGUGUCUACGAGGAGAAUGGAUUCACACACAGAGAAGGAUCUGUCCUGUCCCAUCUGCCGGGACAUCUUUAAAGAUCCUGUCGUCCUGUCGUGCAGCCACAGCUUCUGUAAAGUCUGUCUGCGGAGCUGGUGGACGGAGAAACUGAUACAGGAGUGUCCAGUUUGUAAGAGAAGAUCAUCGAGAAGUGAUCCGCCGUGCAACCUGGUGUUGAAGAAGCUGUGUGAGGGCAUCUUACAGAAGGCGAAGAGGAGAACUUCAGCAGCUCCGCCGAGUCUCUGCAGUCUGCACGGUGAGCAGCUCAAACUCUUCUGUCUGGACCAUCAGCAGCCGGUGUGUCUCGUCUGUCUGCACUCAGCGACACACACCGGGCACAGAUUCACACCUGUCAGCGAGUUUGCACAUGAUCACAAAAAGGAGCUCCGGCAGUCGCUGAGGCCCUUUCAGGAGAGACUGAAACACUACGAACGAGUUAAAGGAAACUAUGUGGACAUGGCAGAACACAUCAAGUCUCAGGCCCGACACACAGAGACGCAGAUUAAGGAGAAGUUUAAGAAGCUUCAUCGGUUCCUCCAAGAGGAAGAGGAGGCCAGGAUCUCUGCUCUGAGGGAGGAAGAGGAGCAGAAGAGUCAGAUGAUGAAGAAGAAGAUUGAGACUCUGAACAGAGGGAUAGCAUCUCUGUCAGACACGAUCAGAACCACAGAGGAGGAGCUGAGAGCUGAUGACGUCUCAUUCCUGCAGAACUACAAGGCUGCAGUGAAGAGAGUCCAGCAGCGCCCCCUGCUGGAGGAUCCACAGCUGGACUCAGGAGCUCUGAUAGACGAGGCCAAACACCUGGGCAACCUGAGCUACAACAUCUGGAUCAAGAUGAAGGAGAUGGUCUCCUACACUCCUGUGGUUCUGGACCCAAACUCUGCUCAUCCAGAACUCCUCCUGUCUGCAGAUCUGACCGGUGUGAGACGUGCGGAGAAACAGAAGCUUCCCGAAAACCCAGAGAGGUUUGAUUACUUCCGCAUCGUCCUCGGAUCUGAGGGCUUCAAAUCAGGGACUCACAGCUGGGACGUCGAGGUUGGAGAGAACACAGAGUGGUUUGUUGGUGUCGCCGCCGAGUCGGUCCAGAAGAAAGGAAAACAUCCGUCUCUUCUGUGGAGAAUUGGAUACUUUGAUGGUAAAUACACCGCACGCUCCUUAUCGGAUCCGUCCUCGGUUCUGUCGGUGAAGAAGAAGCUCCAGAGGAUCAGAGUUCAUCUGGACUGGUACAGAGGAAGUCUGUCGUUCUUUGACCUCGACACAAACACACACAUACACACCUUCACACACUCUUUCACCGAGAGGCUGUUUCCUUACUUUAACACGGUGAACGUUCGCCCUCUGAAGGUCACACCAGUGAAGCUCUCCGUGAGGCCGAGCUCAGACAUCAGCUCUGACGCCUAG